AUGCAACUCUUUGAUUCAACAAAGCAUGGUCUCUUAUCAAGUCUUCCAAACUCACCCUCUAUAAUGUUUUCUGGUGCUAACUUUCUCCUUAAUCCCAUUUUCCUACGUGGGUUUUCUGGUUCAUUGCACCUAGUUCUGUUACUUGCUUUAUUUGCCUCAUUAGUGUGGAAGAAACUCAAGAGGGGUGAUGGUGGUGAGGAGUCUGGAGAGAGGUUUAGUAACAACACAGUAAAAGCAAAAUUUUGGAGUCAAAUAAGUCAAGAGAGGGUUGAUGCCGUGACUCCUUAUGCAAAUGCUGGUCCGUUCAGUAUUCUUACCUUCUAUUGGAUGAAUUCCCUAAUUGCUUUCGGCAAUAAGAAAGCUUUGGACCUUGAAGAUGUUCCUCAACUUGAUAGUCUUGAUAGUGUAGUUAGAAGAUUCCCAGCUUUUAGAAAUAAGCUAGAGUCAUAUAGUGGUGCAGCCAGUAGGGUUACCACUUUCAAGCUCGUCAAGGCAUUGUUCUUUUCAGCUUGGAAGGAAAUUCUACGGACAGCUUUGUUGGCCAUAAUAUACACUUCCACUUCUUAUGUUGGUCCAUACCUUAUCGAUGCUUUUGUUCAAUGCCUUGAUGGACAAGGAGAACACAAAAAUCAGGGAUAUAUUUUAGCUUCAACCUUUUUUGUUGCCAAACUUGUAGAGUGCAUCUCACAGAGGCACUGGAUCUUUAGGUUGCAACAAAUUGGACUUAGGCUCCGUGGAGUAACAACCACGAUGAUUUACACAAAAGGUUUGACCCUCUCCAGUAAGUCGAAGCAGGGCCAAACUAGUGGUGAAAUCAUCAAUAUCAUGACUGUUGAUGCAGAGAGAAUUGGUGACUUUAGUUGGUACAUGCACGAUCCAUGGCUGAUCAUCUUGCAAGUUGGUUUGGCCUUAUUGAUACUAUAUGAAAAUCUUGGGCUUGCAUCGGUUGCUGCUUUUGUUGCAACAAUAGUUGUCAUGUUGAAAAACUAUCCUCUGGGUAGAUUACAAGAAAAGUUUCAAGACAAGUUAAUGGAAUCAAAAGAUAAAAGAAUGAGGGCAACUGCAGAAAAUUUAAGGAAUAUGAGAAUUCUUAAGCUUCAGGGGUGGGAAAUGAAGUUUUUAUCUAAGAUUAUUGAACUCAGAGACGUAGAAACAGGAUGGUUGAAGAAAUAUGUUUAUAAUUCGGCAAUGAUCAAUUCUGUCUUCUGGCUUGCUCCUACUCUUGUGGCUGUGGCCACUUUUGGUGCUUGUAUGCUUAUAGGUAUCCCACUUGAAUCAGGGAAGAUCUUAUCUGCACUUGCUACAUUCAGGGUUCUUCAAGUGCCAAUCUAUAAUCUUCCCGAUACAAUUUCUAUGAUAGUUCAGACCAAGAUUUCUCUUGACCGAAUUGCCUCUUUCCUUUGUCUUGAUGACUUGCAGUCUGACGCUUUAGAGAAGCUUCCGAUUGGAAGCUCUGAUACAACAAUUGAGAUUACUAAUGGAAAUUUCUCUUGGGAUUUGUCUUCACCUAGUGCCACAUUAAAGGUUAUUAACUUGAGAGUGUUCCGUGGCAUGAAAGUAGCUGUUUGUGGUACUGUUGGUUCAGGCAAGUCAAGCUUACUUUCCUGCAUUUUGGGGGAACUGCACAAGGUCUCAGGGACUCUCAAGUUGUGCGGGAGAACGGCCUAUGUUGCUCAGUCAGCCUGGAUACAGAGUGGUAAGAUAGAAGAGAACAUAUUGUUUGGUAAGGAGAUGGAAAGAGAAAGGUAUGAGAGGGUGCUUGAAGCGUGUUCCCUGAAGAAGGACCUGGAAAUCCUUCCAUUCGGUGAUCAAACAUUUAUCGGUGAGAGGGGUAUAAAUUUGAGUGGUGGACAGAAGCAACGAAUACAGAUUGCACGUGCUCUUUACCAGGAUGCCGAUAUCUAUCUAUUUGAUGACCCUUUCAGUGCUGUGGAUGCUCAUACGGGAUCGCAUUUAUUUAAGGAAGUUUUACUUGGUCUUUUGACUUCAAAAACAGUUAUUUAUGUUACUCAUCAAGUUGAGUUCUUACCUGUGGCUGAUCUUAUAUUUGUAAUGAAAGAUGGAAAGAUUGCACAAGCGGGAAAAUAUAAUGACAUUCUUUGUUCAGGAUCUGAUUUCAUGGAACUUGUAGGUUCACAUAAGGCAGCUUUAUCAGCACUUGAUUCCAAACAAGCAGGACCGGCUUCUGAAAAUGAAAUUGUUGAAAAAGAAAAUGGUAGUAGGGAUGAGAUAGUGCAGAAAGGAGGAAAUAGGGAUUCUCGAAAUGGUAAAGAAGAUCAGGUAGCAGGGCCAAAAGCACAGCUCAUUCAAGAAGAAGAAAGAGAGAAAGGUAGCGUUGGGUUUCCUAUCUACUGGAAGUACAUCACAACAGCAUAUGGAGGAGCUCUUGUGCCCUUUAUAUUAUCGGCACAGAUUCUCUUUCAGAUCCUUCAAAUUGGUAGCAACUACUGGAUGGCAUUGGCAACUCCUGCGUCGAAGGAUGUUAAGCCUGUUGUCAGUGGAUCUACACUAAUAAUCGUUUACCUCUUGUUGGCUAUUGGAAGUUCGAUUUGCAUUUUAGUUAGAGCCAUGCUUCAUGCAACAGCCGGGUACAAAACUGCUACUCUACUCUUCAAUAAAAUGCAUCUCUGCAUUUUUCGAGCUCCAAUGUCCUUUUUCGAUGCAACCCCUAGUGGACGAAUUCUAAAUAGAGCUUCUACUGAUCAAAGCGCAGUUGAAACUCGAAUUCCAUAUCUAGUCGGGGCACUUGCCUUCUCAAUUAUCCAGCUUCUAGGGAUCUUUGCAGUGAUGUCACAGGCAGCAUGGCAAGUUUUUAUCGUUUUCAUCCCUAUGAUUGCUGUCUGCAUCUGGUAUCAGAGAUAUUACAUAGCUUCAGCAAGAGAACUUUCCCGUUUGAUCGGAGUAUGCAAAGCUCCAGUUGUACAACAUUUUUCUGAAACAAUGUUGGGAGCAGCAACUAUCAGGAGCUUUGAUCAGCAAUCAAGGUUCCAAGAAACAAAUAUGAAAGUUACAGACGCAUAUUCUCGGCCCAAAUUUCAUAUUGCUGGUGCAAUGGAGUGGCUUUGCUUCCGUCUGGAUAUGCUCUCUUCUGUUACUUUUGCUUUCUCUUUGGCUUUCUUAGUCUCCUUUCCAAGCGGCUUUGAUCCAGCCAUUGCAGGUUUAGCUGUAACAUAUGGACUCAGCCUAAACAUGUUACAAGCUUCAGUGAUAUGGAAUUUAUGUGAUUGUGAGAACAGAAUCAUAUCCGUAGAGAGAAUUCUUCAAUACACGUCUAUUCCUAGUGAGCCUCCUCUUGUAGUAGAAGCAAACAGGCCAGGCUGUUCAUGGCCAUCCCAUGGUGAAAUUGAUAUCAACAAUCUGCAGGUCCGAUAUGCCCCACACAUGCCCCUUGUGCUCCGCGGUCUUACAUGCACUUUCCCUGGAGGAAAGAAAAGUGGGAUUGUAGGGAGAACAGGCAGUGGUAAAUCAACUCUCAUGCAGACUCUUUUUCGUAUUGUCGAACCUGCAGCUGGUCACAUUAUGAUUGAUGGCCUUAAUAUCUCAUCGAUUGGACUGCAUGAUUUAAGGUCAAGACUAAGCAUUAUUCCUCAGGAUCCAACCAUGUUUGAAGGGACUGUAAGAAGUAAUCUGGACCCACUUGAAGAGUACACUGACGAACUGAUCUGGGAGGCUCUAGACAAGUGCCAACUUGGAGAUGAAGUCAAGAAGAAAGAAAGGAAGUUAGAUUCCACAGUUUACGAGAACGGAGAGAACUGGAGUAUGGGUCAGAGGCAGCUAUUCUGUCUUGGGCGUGUGCUACUCAAGAAAAGUAAGGUGUUAGUCCUUGAUGAAGCUACUGCUUCGGUUGACACAUCCACCGAUAAUCUUAUCCAGCAAACCCUCAGGCAACAAUUCUCUGACAGUACAGUUAUAACCAUUGCACAUCGGAUAACUUCUGUUCUUGAUAGUGACAUGGUUUUGCUUCUGAGUCAUGUACUUGCGAUCAUGAAUAUUGCAGGGCUCAUUGAGGAAUAUGAUUCUCCAACAAGAUUGUUAGAAAAAAAGUCAUCAUCUUUUGCAAAACUUGUAGCAGAAUACACAAUCAGGUCAAGUACCAGUUCUAAAAAUUCAAUUGUAUAG